AUGGUGGAUCAAAACCAUGAUGGUCAAAGAUCUGUUCACAACAUAGAGAAUGAAUUAUCUAAAUACUCUCUUGAUGAUACUGAAAUAUCUCAACUAUUGGAUAAUAAUCAAGUUGAAAAUAUAGAGAGGAAAUUAUCAUCCACUUCUUCAUUAUCGGUUUCCUCUAGUGAUUCAUUACCUUCAACAAACACAACACAAUCACAAAAAGAUCCCAACAGCAAUAACACUUUGAUAAAAGAAUUAAAUAACGGUCUUAUUCAUGGUCAUAUCCAUAAUUUUGAAAAUUUUACCUAUAUUCAUGGUCAUAUUCAUACAAAUGAACAAACUUCAUCAUCAUCACCACCACCACCACAAAUUUCAGAAUUGAAAAAUUUUCAUCCACAACAACAAUCAUCACUUUCUUUACCAACUGUGGAAAAUGAUGACCAAUCACAAAGAAGAAGAAGAAGAUCUUCUCAUCGUCAUUUUAAUGAACCAGAAUCUUCACAAUUUUCAGAUUGUCAACAUUUUGAAUUUUUAAACUGUCAUGAUAAAAAUUCAAUAUUAAACAGUGAAAUCCAAUGUAAUGAAGAUCAUGAAAAUUGUGUUCCUAAAAUUGUGGAAAUUUGUUGUGAUAAUAAACAUGAUUCACAAAAUGAUUUGAUACCCAUUUUCCCAAGUUGUACUGAUCAUGAACAAACUGAACAUGUUGAAAAACCAUUAAAGGAAAUUCAAGAUGAACCAAAAUUGGAUUUAAAUUGUGCGGGAUCAUUAGAUGAUUGUAUUGAUAUUAAAUGUGAUUUGGAUACUUGUAAUAUUGAUGAAUUAUAUUGCAGAUAUUGUGAAGAUAUUGAUCAAAUAACCAAUGAAUCUACAUCAACACCAAUUGCGGAAUCACAACCAGUGAAAUUAGAGAACAAAGAUUCAACUGAAAGUAACAACAAUAAUAACUAUAUGGAUAUACUGAAUGACUUACAACGUGAUCUAAAUCAACAACAACAGCAACAACAGCAACAACAAACAACAUUAUCCAAAAAUAAUGAUACACCCCUUGGUUUCACAAACCCAAUGGAUUGUAUAAAUCCAAAUUGUAAUGCUUUCAAAAGACAUCGUGAAGAUGAUGAUCAACAACACCAACACACUCUCCAUCAUCAUUUACAUCAUCAUUCUUUCCAACAUUCAGAUAAUCAUCAUCAUCAUCAUAUCCAAAUCCAUGAUCAUCAACCUAAAAAAAUCAAAAAAAACAUCAAGACAAAUGAUCAUGAUUUUAUAAAUUUUGAAUGGAACUUUAAAAAUCAAACAGGUGCUAAAUGUGAAUGGGAAAAUUGUUCAACAACUCUUGAUAAUUCAUUCCAAUUACAAAAUCAUAUAAUGGAGGAUCAUUUAUUAUCCGAAUAUAAUGUCCCAUUACAAUCAACUUCAAACCCAACUGGUUCUUUUGAAUGUGAAUGGAAAAAUUGUGAUUAUAGUGGAUAUGAUUUAUUUUCAUUAGUUAAUCAUAUCAACGGUAGUCAUGGAUUUCAAUAUGAUUUUGAUAUAAAUAACAUUUUCAAAAAAAAUGAACAACUACCUCAACCUCAAUCACUUGAUUUUCCAACACCUUGUUCAGAUUCAAGUGAAAUUAAACCAACUAUAACAACACAAGUUGUUAGAAAAUCAAAACGUGCACAAUGUGAAGAAGAAUGUGAAGAAACAACAUGUAAAUGGGUUGAAACUAGUUCUCAAGGUGAAAUUAUAAAACAAUGUAAUGAGAAAUUCUCCAAUGCACAAGAAUUAACAGAUCAUUUAAUUCAUCAUCAUGUCGGUUCAGGAAAAUCAGAAUAUACUUGCCUUUGGGAAAAUUGUUCAAGAAAUCAUCGAAUUUUCAAUCAAAGACAAAAAAUCAUUAGACAUUUACAUGUUCAUACCCGUUACAAACCUUUUAUUUGCAAAGUUUGUAAUCAUUCAUUUGCAGUGGAAUCAAUGCUUGAACAACACAUGAGGACUCAUAGUGGUGAAAAACCAUAUAAAUGUAAAGUUUGUGAUAAACAUUUUGCCACUUCAAGUUCAUUAAGUAUUCAUGUUAGAACUCAUACAGGUGAAAAACCAUUAGUUUGUAAAUAUCCUGGUUGUGGUAAAAGGUUUAGUGAAUCUUCAAAUUUAACAAAACAUAUUAAAACUCAUGAAAAAUUCUUUAAAUGUGAUUAUUGUGCAAAGAGUUUUAGUAAAGAUAAACAAUUACAAAGUCAUAUGGCUAAAUAUCAUGCACAAGUUUGA